GAUGUCACGCGCAGAUUCUGGCAUACGAUACAUUUUCGCCAGCUCAGCGAACUCGUUGGAGAACCGCUUUUUCCACGAUGCGUGGGGAUUGCUUCAGGUUUCAGGGUUCGACCAUUCUGGUUCUUAUCCAGUACAUGCGCUUUUUAUUUGGUGACGUUCUCAGCUUGACAACACGGCUGAGGACACACACACACACGACACAAGUCAACUUGUGCUGUGGUAGCAGGUCGCCUCCGGCAGGUGGCGCCCCAAGUCAGGCCAGGGAAGCGCUGGCGCGCUAUUGUUUCGCUUCCUCCUCCUCCCAUCGUCGCCAUGGUGCAGAUGAUGGAGUCUCAGUGCGAGUACUUCAUGUAUUUCCCGGCGGUACCCAUCACGGACCUGUCCGAGCCGGCCCGUUACCGAACCCUACCGCGCCGGAGCCACCUCUACCUGGGGGAGACGGUCCGCUUCCUGCUGGUGCUGCGCUGCAGGGACGCCGGCAGGGCAACGCCGACCGAGCCAGGCCCCGGUAAGGGAGGGUGGGGGAUGGGGGGGGGCGAUGGCGAUGGUCGCCACCGGGCCGGCCAGCACCACCACGACUACGGCAGCAGCGGCGACGAGGGCGGCGACGAGGGCGGCGACGACUACAUGGCGGCGGCGGAGGCGGCCAUCGCGGCGCUGGGCAGCAGGGUGGACUCGCGAUGUCGGACCUUCCGGGACUGCAAGCCGCUGCUCAUCCACAACUCGCGCGCGCCGGCCGGCCGCGAGUUCCGCAGGGCUCCGGUCCAGUCUCCCCUGGACGAGCCGAUGGUUCUGGCGGACGAGGUCAUCUUCCCGCUGACCGUCUCUUUGGACCAACUCCCCGUCGGCACCGUCAAAGUCAAGGUGAUGGUGACGGUGUGGAAGGAGGAGGCGGAGCAAGCCGAGGUGCAGGAGUUGGGCUACUUGAGCGUCCUGCAGCAACGAGAGCCCUCGCUCACCUUCAGACACGACCUGAACACCUUCAAGGCUCAAGUGAGCACCACCCUGAGCGUCCUGCCGCCUCCCGCCGUCCGCUGUAAGCUGAUGAGCGUUUCGGGGCGCCACCUGGCGGUGCUCAAAGUGCUCAACAAGGCGUCGCAGGAGGAGGUGCGCGUGCGCGACGUGCGCAUUCUGCCGGACCUCAACGCCUCCUACCUGCCCGUCAUGCCCGAUGGCUCCGUGCUGCUGGUGGACAACGUUUGCCACCGCUCGGGCGAGGUGGGCAUGGCGUCUUUCUGCAAGGUGGACAGCGCCGCGUGCCGCCUUCCCAGCAUGCUCGGCACCUUGGAGGAGCACGACUUCCUGUUCCAGCUGCACCUCAACAACAUGCCGCAGGACGAGUCCAAUGAGGGCAUGGAGGUUCCUCUGGUUGCUGUGUUGCAGUGGUCGACUCCCAAGAUGCCGUUCACCAACUGCAUCUACACCCACUACAGGUUGCCAAGCAUCCGCCUGGACCGCCCGAGGUUCGUGAUGACCGCCAGCUGUCCCAGCACCGUCGAGGUCAAGGAGCGCUUCAAGGUCAAAUAUGUGCUGCUCAACAACCUGCAGGACUUCCUGUCCGUGCGCCUCGUCUGGACUCCCGAGGGGCGCGGUCAGAGCGAGGACGCCGCGCCGUCGGCGGUGGUGUGUCACAGCCCCCUCAGCAACCUGGGCCACUGUCGCAAGGGCAGCACUCUGACUUUCAGCGUGGCCUUCCAGGUCCUCCGACCGGGACUCUACGAGCUCAGUCAGCACAUGAAGCUCAAGCUGCAGUUCACGGCAUCCGUGUCCAACCCGCCACCCGACGCCAGGCCGCUCUCACGUAAGAACAGCCCGUCCAGCCCGGCGAUGCGAGACCUGCUGGACCGCCACCAGGCCAGUUUGGGUCGCUCCCAGUCCUUCUCCCACCAGCAGCCGUCUCGCUCGCACAUGAUGAGGACGGGCAGCGCCAUGGAGCGGCGUGCCAUCACGCCCCCGGUGGGCUCUCCGGUGGGCCGGCCGCUCUACUUGCCGCCGCAGGACAAGAGCCUUCUGUCGCUGGACAAGAUUGCCAAGCGGGAGUGUAAAGUUCUAGUGGUGGACCCGCGACCCGGGGAGGACCUCUAGGAGGACAUCCGGGAGAACGCACCCUGCGAGCUCAUCUCAAAGGACGCCUGGGAGCAGGACAGUCCGGAGGAUGGCGAGGAGGACACCGAAAUGUCCUUCGAAAAAUCUUUUGCGUCGUGUGCAGUCUUCACCGCGGCAGAUCAUACAUCAAUACUCCCGGGCGUAUAUUCGUUAUCUGACUCCGGCGACUCCCUGAGAAGCGUCGGCCGUCCACGUGUACCCGUUUGUCCGUAUUUCGCCGCCCCGCCGUAGGCGCUCGAACAAGCCAAACGUCGACGUUCCC